AUGAUAUUACUGUUAUUCACUACAAUAUAAGAUUUUAUUUUCAGUCGCAACAUUAAUAAUUUAAGUUUCUUUGAAACCGUAAUUUAAUUGUGAUAAAGGAUAAAGGAAUGCAUAAUUAGGCGGGAGUGUCAUUCUGAAAGGGGCGUGGUAUUUCGCUGCGGUUCGAUUUAAAGAUCUUGAGCAGCAGGAGACAUGAAAUCCAUAAAACAUAAUCAAUCUCGGGCGUCUGCACUGCUUCAGCGGUUGUAUGCACGAUGUCAAACGGGGACAGGGUGGUUUUAGCGCUCGGUGGAGCAGGAACUGUCGGCUCCGGGAUAGUGAAAGCUCUCCUGGACAGGGGUUUCAAGGUUGCUGUGAUCUCCAGAGAGAGCAGCAAUUUGGAGAAACUCAAGGGGUUUGUUUCACCUAGCACAAAAAGCAACCUGACCACUUUAGUGGGGAAUGUUGGCUCAGAAGAAGGAGCGGAGGAGGUGAAACAGGCCUUGCUUAAAUCUGUGGGAAAGAUCACAGAUGUGGUGUCCUCUCUGGGCUUCAGCUGGUGGCAGGGAGGUCCACCACACACUCAAACCCUCAAAGAACUGCACUGGGUUAUUGAGACUCUGCUUUUCAGCACCUUUGUGUCUUGGAAGGCGUUCUUUCCCCUGGUGAGAGAUGAUACUAACUGCACCUACACGUUUAUCACAGGAGGUGCUGGUGAGAAGGUGCUCAUGCCGGGCACAGGGUUCCUGACUGUAGGUGCAGCUAGUGCUCUGGCGUUCUGUCAGGUUCUGCGUGAGGAGUACCCAGAGGUGCCAUGCAAAGUCAACCAGGUGAAAAUCAAUACAGGUGUGGCGGCCCCAGACCGAAUGGCCCCCGGGUACCUGAACCACUUGGAUUUAGGGGAGGCCGUGGCUAUGCUGGUGGAGCGCCGCAACACGUCCCACACUGUCUUCCCUGUGAACUGUCUUGCUGAUCUAAAAACUGUUAUGUUGGAGGGAAAUCUGUAAGCAAGGCCCAUCGGAUUUUCUUCUGUAUUCACUUUAUCCUGUUAGUAUGCAUGUAUUGUUUUAUUGCAUGUCAACAAAACAUUUCUGUACUGUCAAACCCCAGCUUUGUCAUAGUGCAGUCAUAGCUUUCAAAUACUCAUUGUGCUCAAAACAAAUCAAUAUAAUAACCAAUGGAAUGGUACAGAUGCUUUGGAGUGCAGCUGAGUGUAAACGCAGCCACAGACUUUUAAGUUUGACAUUGAAGAAGAGAGACACGUGAUAGAACGGGUUCAGAAAUUGCCGGCCUUCAAACUGGAGGACAUUGUUUUCCAUGUUUUCUGUAAUCAUGACAUUUACAUUAACGCUUUGGUGACAGGGAUUUAAAUUUGCCACUGGAUUUAGUGAAGUGUCUAAUUAAAGUGGGAAGGAGGCGAGAAGGCUUUGUCAGUUUGUCAACUGUAGUUUUGCAUUGCAUCAGCUUAUUAAAGCGAUAGUUCACUCAAAACUUAAAACUUUUCAAUCUUCAUGUCAGUUCCAAACCUGUAUGACACUCUUUCUUCUGUGGAGCAAAAAAUAAUUAAAAAAAAAAUAUUUUUAAAGAAAGAAAACCAUAUAGGUCUGAAAUUAGAUUGAAUAGAUGAUGAGAAUGUUUAUUUUUGGGUGAACUCUUUCUUUAUAUCUUAAGUACAGACCAAAAAGUGUGCCAUUCUGUUCAUACAACCAAAACAUAGUUUCUGUUACUCGGUUUAGUACUUGUCUGAGUGAAAACAAUUCAUGGGGCAUUUAUAUUGUGUGUCUGAGUUAAUUAAAAUAAUAAAAAAAGAGAAAAUC